CUUCAAUCAACCAACCAACCCACAGGACCACCAACCACCAUGGCAUCCAUCUUCCUCCUCACCACCACCCUCCUCUCCAGUGCCCUCGCCUCAGUAGUCACCAUCACCAGCACAGAAACCGUCACCGACGAACAAACAUCCACCGUCAUCACCACAACAACAUUAUACCCAACAGCAUCCACCGUCGCCGUCUCGAACAUAACCUCCGAAAACCAGCUCGGCCUCCUCGACUUCACCACCAACACCAGCGCCGCCAACUACCCGGACUACGCCGGCAGCGUCGUCGCGGCCAACUCCCUCGCCACUACCAUCAUUGCCGAGUGCACUGUCUCGACAUGCGACUUUGCCGACCGCUUCACAAUCAUCGAUGGCCCGUCGACGUUCUCCUUGGCCGUGAAUGAAACCGACGCCUCGAUGUCAGCGACCCUUACGUUCGAUUGCCAGAUUACGGGUGCGCGUGCAGCGGAGACCGCGGUCUGCACAAUGUCGCAGAACGCGGAGUAUCCUGAUGGCCAGUGGGGGAUCGUGGCUGAUUAUAAUACUACUGUGACGGUGACGGGUACGAAUAUCGCUUAUAGCACUAUGCUUAUUACCGCGGGCGCGGAGAAAUUGAGUCUGACGGGGUCGGGGGCGGCCACGGCCGGGACGGGGAGUCGGAGUGCGACGGGAUCCGUCGCUACGGCUACGGCUUCGGCUUCGGCGACGGCUACUUCGGGGGCAGCUGCGGGGAUGAGGGGUCUGAAUGGGGUGGUGGGGAUUGUUGUGGCUGCUUUGGGGGCUAUACUGGUUGGGAUGCUAUGGUAA